UGUUAAUUCGUCGGUGAUCUCGAACAUCAGUCUCGUUAGAAGCUUCAAGGAAUCGUCCGCUUUAUCCUCAGACCUCAGUUAUUUUGGGCCGGUGGAGGCGGAGCGUCCGAUACCGGCACCUCACUUCUCUCCAGAUGGCGGUGGUCGCGGAGAACUUGUUGAAGUCCGGCGAGGUCUCCGCCAUGAUCCGCCAAGGUUUCAUCUCCUCGCCUCGCCUGUCCCCGGCCUCCUCUCCUCCGCCGAAACUUCCGGCAACUGUUUCUGGAUCCUCCGAGGCAUCCGCCUUCCCCUCUCCCCUGCGUCCUUCGUUUCCGGCCCCAAGGACCACCACACUCUUCGAGAUGAUGGCCCAGGAGGGCGCCCCGCUCCGGCCCCCUAUGCGGACGCAGCAACACGACCUGCAAGAGAGGAUAGCGGCGGUCCUCGCUAGUAAGGGCCCCAGCGACUUGAAGCUCUCGGUAAGCUCCAGCAACGGGAUGCGAAUCCGAAUGGCUGCGCACCGGCGGGUGUUGACGGCCCGCAGCCGUUUCUUUGCGGAGAAGCUAGCAGGGAUAUGUGGCAGAACGAGUAGCCGACCGGUCGUCGUGGAGAUCUGUGAGUGCGACGAUGCGGAAGUCUACGUGGAGGCGGUGGGGCUCAUGUACUCCGACGAUCUGAGGCGGAUGCUGGCCGGAGAGGAUGUCGAAAAGGUUCUUGGCUUGCUCCAGGUAUCUGUGGAUAUAAAAUUUGACGAGGGAAUUUCUGCCUGUCUUGACUAUUUGGAAGCCAUUCCUUGGUCUGAGUAUGAGGAAGAGAAGGUAACAUCUAUUAUUGGCAAGCUACACAUUCAGCAGUUAAGUGAGCCAGUCAGAGAAAUCCUUCAGAGAGUCUCAGUUGAACCAUCUAGUUUUGCAAACGCUGAUUCCAUAUUUUUAGGGAUAUUUGAUGGCAUUCUACAAUCCAAGGAUAAGAAAGCUCGACGAGAUAUGAAAACCUUAAUUUCUAGCUUGCUUAAGGAGGAUGUAAACCACAGCAAUGCACAAUAUAACAAGCUUGAUGUCUCCAAGGAAUCCCUGUACUACUUGUGCCAUAAAUGCCUUGAUCAUCUUAUGCAGUUGUUUUCCGAGGCUGCAAACGUUGAAUGUCUGGGUGAUCGAGCUUCCUUGAUGAACGAGGUUGCUCGAGAAGCUGACAAUGUGCAGUGGCUUGUUGACAUCCUAAUAAACAAGAGAAUCGCAGAUGAAUUUGUGGUUCUCUGGGGAGACCAAAGAGAGCUUUCUACUUGCCAUUCCAAGAUACCAUGCAUGUACAGAUUUGAGAUCAGCAGGAUCACUGCUCAACUGUUUGUUGCAUUAGGAAGAGGACAGAUUUUGGUAUCUAAAAAUGCAAAAAUAUCUCUUUUGAGGACAUGGCUGGAAGCUCUAUAUGAUGAUUUUGGUUGGAUGAAAAGAGCUUGUAGGGAGUUUGAUAAAAAGAUGGUAGAAGAUGGACUAUGUGCCACAAUCUUAACAUUGCCCAUGGUGGAACAACAAUCAAUCUUAUUAAGAUGGUCUGAUUGUUUUUUGAGUAAUGGUGACAAUUGUCCCAACAUGCAGAGGGCCUUUGAGGUUUGGUGGAGGAGAGCCUUUGUGCGACAAUACACAGGUGAUCCAAAUAACUUGCAGUUGCAGAAUGUUGUCUCUGAUGAUCAUACAUGAAGGUCUGUUAUGAGUUGCCCUAUUGAAUGUAGAUAUUCAUUGUUCUAGUCGUGCACAUAGAAUUGUCUUCCAUUUUGCUCUCAUCAGUCAUUCUUUCACCUUUAUGAUUUCUCAUACACGACCACUCAUAGAAACAUAUAUAGAAUGGAAAAGCAUGGUUUCACUCAGCUGGGUUAACUCAGAACGAAAGACAAAUAAUUAGUGAGGAAUCCCCUUUUCUUUGUCACCUAGACUGAAUCUUCAAUUUGCAAUGUCCGUGCCUUUGAAAUGUUUACAGUGGAAUUUCUA